AUGAUAGAAGACAAAGGUCCACGAGUGGCUGACUAUUUUGUAGUGGCAGGGCUCACUGAUACAGAUACUGCAACUCUCCUGGACCAAGAAAUAAGCCGACAUGAAACAAAGUCAACUGGUCCAAAGGCUCCAAUUACUGACAUUGCUGUGAUAAUUAAAUCAGCUGGUGAAACUGUCCCAGAGGGAUACACCUGUGUUGAAGCCACCCCUACAGCCCUUCAAGCCAACUUAAACUAUGGAAGUCUAAAGAGUCCUGAACUUUUUCUUUGCUACAAGAGAGGCCGGGACAAACCACCUCUUACUGACAUCGGAGUUCUAUAUGAAGGGAAGGAACGCAUAAUUUCAGGCUGCGAGGUGAUUCAAGCUACUCCUUAUGGUCGCUGCGCUAAUGUUAACAACAGUUCAGCUUCUUCUCAACGGAUCUUUAUCACAUAUCGAAGGGCUUCUCCAAUACGACCUCAAAAUUCAUUGGCAGUGACCGAUAUCUGUGUUAUUGUUACUAGCAAAGGAGAAACCCCUCCUCAUACAUUCUGCAAAGUUGAUAAGAAUUUAAAUUGUGGUAUGUGGGGUUCCAGCGUAUACCUUUGUUACAAGAAGUCUGUGCCAGCUUCCAACUCUUUAGCAUAUAAAGCCGGCUUGAUUUUCAGAUAUCCUCAAGAGAACUAUGAGUCAUUCCCACUGUCAGAAUCUGUACCUCUCUUCUGCCUUCCUAUGGGAGCUACUAUUGAAUGCUGGGACCCUCAAACCAAAUACCCGCUACCAGUGUUCUCAACAUUUGUACUGACCUGCUCUUCUGCAGAAAAGGUUUAUGGUGCAGCUAUUCAGUUUUAUGAGCCUUAUCCCCGGGAGCUGCUAACAGAAAAACAACAAUUGCAGCUGGGUCUCCUGACAGCUGUAGAGAGGAAAGUGGUUACUUCCAAGUCCAUCAAUUCCAACAAAUGCAUCUGCCUUCUCUCACACUGGCCUUUCUUUGAAGCAUUUCGAAAAUUUCUUAUGUUCAUCUACAAACUCUCUGUUUCUGGACCUCAUCCUCUUCCCAUUGAAAAGCACAUAUCCCAUUUUAUGCACAAUAUACCUUUCCCUUCACCACAAAGGCCAAGAAUUCUUGUGCAGCUUUCUGCCCAUGAUGCAUUAAUAUUGUCUCAGCCAGUUUCUACACCAUUGCCAUUAAGUGGAGCAAACUUUAGCACUCUGCUCAUGAAUCUUGGACCGGAAAACUGUGCCACUCUGUUACUCUUUGUAUUAUUAGAAGGCAAGAUCCUCCUCCAUUCUCUUAGACCAGCUGUGUUGACAGGAGUUGCUGAAGCUGUAGUAGCUAUGAUAUUUCCAUUUCAGUGGCAAUGUCCAUAUAUCCCCCUCUGUCCUUUGUCUCUGGCCACCGUACUCAGUGCACCUGUUCCAUUUAUUGUUGGAGUUGAUUCACGAUACUUUGAUCUGUACGAUCCACCACAGGAUAUUGUGUGCAUUGACUUAGACACAAACAUGGUGUACAUAUCAGAUGAUAAGAAGAGCACCACCUGGAAGCAGUUUCCUAAGAAGCCAUGUAAAAAUCUGCUCAGCACCUUAAAGAAACUGCACCCACAGCUGGCAGCAGUUCACAGGAAAACUCAAGAAGGCUCUGCAGUGGAGAUGACUCCUAUUGAGGCAGAUUUCUCCUGGCAGAAGAAGAUGAUAGAACUCGAGAUGGAGAUCCAGGAAGCUUUUCUCCGUUUCAUGGCAUCUAUUUUAAAGGGUUACAGAACAUUCCUCAAGCCAAUCACACAGGCACCUUCAAAUAAAGCAACUGCUGCUGAUUCCUUGUUUGAUCAUCAAGGAUUUUUAAAAAGCAGAGACCGUGCCUAUACAAAGUUCUACACGCAUCUCACCAAAACACAGAUAUUCAGCCGCUUUAUUGAAGAGUGCAGUUUUGUGAGUGACAAGGAUACUGGCCUGGCAUUUUUUGAUGACUGCAUAGAAAAGCUCUUUCCGGAUAAAGGAACAGAAAAAGGAGAGAAGGUUGAUGUAGAUUCCGUUGAAGAUGCACGGUUGAUUGAGCUUGAUGAGUCACAAAAAAGUGAACACACAGUGUUCAUAAUGCCACCAGAACCUCCUGCUGAUGACGGACAGGACCGAGUGCCAAAAUACAGCUAUAAAAACUUCCCACGACUAGAUUUCAAGCUCUUUGACAGGCCACAGGAGCUCAAGCUCUCCUUCAGCAGACACCCAGCUGGAAGCAGCAUUUCAAAUAGCCCAGCACUCAUGGCAAAGAGGACAAAACAGGAGAUAAAAACAGCCCAUAAAUUAGCCAAGAAGUAUUACGUAAGCCCCCCACAGUGGGCUAAGUGUCUCUUCAGUCAUAGUUACAGCCUAUGGUUUAUUUGUCUGCCAGCCUACAUCAGAGUUGCACAUCCCAAGGUCAAAGCACUGCAGCAGGCAUACGAUGUUCUAAUUAAAAUGAGGAAAACUGAUGUGGAACCACUAGAUGAGGUCUGCUACAGAGUUGUAAUGCAGCUCUGUGGACUGUGGGGUCAGCCUGUUCAGGCCGUGAGAGUCCUCUUUGAAAUGAAAAAUGCUGGAAUACAGCCAAAUGCCAUCACUUAUGGUUAUUACAAUAAGGCGAUUUUAGAGUCUCCUUGGCCUAGCAGUAACCGCAGUGGCAUAUUUCUGUGGACAAAGGUACGAAAUGUAGUUCGUGGCACAGCACAAUUUAGGCAGUGCUUAAAGAAAUCAACGCAGAGCCCACGAGUACCUGUGAUACCAGCUCUGCGGAGUACCACGGGUGGAAGUGAUGGGGACAUGGUGAGCCAUGGUAGCGUGGAUAGUUCUAAUGAUGCUAACAGUGGGGAGCACACUCUCUUCGUCAGUGACUUAGUCAGGCUUGAUUCCAUUGAUAAUCACUCUAGCACAGGUGGUCAGUCAGACCAGGGCUACGGAUCCAAGGAUGAACUUUUAAGAGGUGAUGGGGAUAGUCUUCAUGCAACUGAAACACAAGUAGAGAAAGAUAUUUCUUCUAAAGCUGAAGACCUAAUAGGAGAGAUUUGUACUGAGAAAUCUGAUGAAAAGCAACAGCUGAAUAUAGAAACUCAUAGUCCAACAGACCCACCUCCUUGGGGUAACAGUAUUGUAAAAGUUCCAUCUGGCAUUUUUGAUAGCAGUGGAAGGAAGAGCAGUGGUGAAACUGGUUCUAGCCCACUGUUCAUAACUCAGGAUUCAGUUGAAGAUGUAGUCUUUGGUGAUGUUUCUCCUAAGAAAACAAGUGAAAAAGGACAGAAGAGGCAGAAACUGUUUUCAGAGAGAAGCUGCAGUUUCAGCAGUGAAAGCAGAGCAGGAAUGCUGCUGAAAAAAGGCACCUUGGACUUCCAUUCUAAGGAAAUAGCAAUAAUGAUGGGAGCAGAUGCCAAGAUCCUAACAGCAGCUUUAUCUGGGGCCAAAACUUCACCCUGUCAUAUGAAUAAAUCCCACAGCUUUGAAAGUAUCGUUGACCAGCAGGUUUCUGGUGUAAGUGGCACUUGGAGUUGUGUGACUGAGAGUGAUUGGGAAUUGGAGCAUAGGUCUUCAGCAGUGCUGGAAGAACUUGGGGAAGGGCAGGAGCAUCUUGAGAAUGGAAGAGAUGAAAACAUGAUCACAGUGGAAGACAUGAACCUUGAACAGUCAGCUGAGUCCAAAAACCAGAAACCAGAAUCCAAAGAUGCAACUACUAAAAGGAAUAGCUUUUAUGGAGUGGUUAAGCCUAUUGAAAGGGAAGAUGUUGAAGUAGGCUUGGACCCUUUAUCUUUGCUGGCUACUGAGAGCAUGCAACCAAGGCAUCCAGAACCUGAGGAAAAGUUGGUGUCACCAGUUGCAGCACGUAAUUUGGCAGAUGAAAUAGAGAGCUAUAUGAAUCUGAAGAACCCGUUGGGUAGUAAGUUUCCCAGCAUGGAACUGCACAAGCCAGAUAGGGAAGCAGAAGUCUCUGGUACACUUGGUCACUCCCAAGAAAGGAGGUCAAGCCUGCCUUUGGAUCCUGUCCUGCCAUCCCCCAAGUCUUAUGAAAAUCGGAGAAGUCCUUCUGUCUCCAGAUCCAAAACAUUCACUGGACGACCAAAGCAACAAACUCAUCCACGAGUUCAAAAGGAACGGUCUUCAUCUUUGACAGGACUGGGUCGUUCUUCUCCACAUGGCUCAUUAGGCUCUGUCGUAACAACUUUAUCCAAUCUGAAGUUAGACAAUAUACUGUCUGGACCAAAAAUGGAUGUUCUGAAGUCAGGCAUGAAGCAGGCUGCCAGUGUGGCCAGUAAAAUGUGGGGAGUUGUAACUUCACAAUAUAGUUACUCGGAUGAUGAGGAAGAAAAUAAUCGACCAGAUUUUAACUUCCCAGCUGGUUUUGAAGAUAGUAUUUUAGGAGAUAAUCUGUCAUCAAGAACUGGAGUCCCAGGGCUAAUUACUAAUGAGCUUGCACAAAGCACUACUAGUCUUGGCAGUAGCAAUAGCAGUGGAGAUGCAGGAAGACAGCAUUACAGUGCAGGUGAAGUUUCAUUCCCAAGAAGUAUGAAAGUUCUAGAUUCUGAGAAGUCAGAGCACAGCUCUUCGCACAAUACUAGUUUAUCCAGCAUUUUCCAGAACUAUGCAAUGGAGGUAUUGAUGUCAAGCUGCUCUCAAUGUAGAGCUUGUGGUGCUUUGGUUUAUGAUGAAGAAAUUAUGGCUGGAUGGACAGCAGAUGAUUCAAACUUGAACACUACCUGUCCUUUCUGUAAAAGUACCUUCCUACCUUUACUUAAUGUUGAAUUUAAAGACCUACGUGGCUCUGCAAGCUUUUUCCUGAAGCAAAGUACCUCAGGAGAUAGUUUACAGAGUGGUAGCCUUCCAUUAACCACGUAUCCCGUGGAGCAGAAACUGUUGUCCAGUCCAGCUGCUGCUGACCUAAUCAGUUUUUCAGAUCACCCACAGUCCAGCCACACCAUAGCUGAAGAAACUAGCUCUGCAGCUGAGCAGAGUGAUGUGGCAGGAGAACAGAGUAAAGAUUCCAGAACCAUGAAGACACCUGCCAAUAAUCCACCAAAAAGGGGAGUGUCCUUGACUCGGAGCCACAGUGUUGGAGGUCCACUGCAAAACAUUGAUCUUUCCCAGAGACCGUCUCAUGGCAUUUCAACAGUUAGUCUUCCAAAUAGUUUGCAAGAAGUUGUGGAUCCUUUAAUAAAAAGACCUAACCCUCUCCCUGUAUCUGUACCCUACUUGAGCCCUUUGGUACUGCGUAAGGAGCUUGAAUCACUGUUGGAAAAUGAGGGAGAGCAAGUAAUUCAUACAUCCAAAUUCAUCAAUCAACACCCCAUAAUUUUCUGGAACCUAGUUUGGUAUUUCCGACGACUGGAUCUACCUAGCAACUUACCUGGACUCAUUCUAACAUCUGAACACUGUAAUGAAGGAGUGCAGCUUCCUUUGACAUCUCUUGCUCAAGAUAGCAAGCUAGUAUACAUCGAUCUGCUGUGGGAUAAUAUCAACCUCCACCAAGAGCCAGGGGAGCCCCUGUAUAUAUCUUGGAGAAAUCUCAAUUCUUCUGAAAAGAGACCUUCUACAGUGGCAGAAGAUCAGCAGGCAACAAACACUUUGUUGGAGAACAUCAAACUAAGUAUUCAACACAAUGAUGUUGCUACACCAAUCAAUUUCCUUCUACAGAAAGUUAAGCCAGAUGUGAAACGACAAAGGAGUUUUUACAGAGAAAUUCUUUUCCUGUCUCUGGUGUCUCUUGGAAGAGAGAACAUUGAUAUUGAGGUCUUUGAUAAUGAAUACAGAUUUGCACAUAAAAAUCUACCAAAGGAUGUUCUUGAAAAGAUGCAGAAAAUAGAUGCUCCACCAAGCAGCAGGGUUGAGUGUUGUAGGAAGUGCUUUGGAGCACCUUUAAUAUAAAAUUGAGGAAGAUGCACGCUAAACUUCAGUGAGACAAAAGCAGAGGUCAACAAACCAGGAGCAUGGUGAUAUAUACACUUUGAAUCCCAAAAGGUGAUAACUGAGCAAUUUGUCAAAGCAAUUUCAUUGAACUACAACAUAUAUUCUUGUCUUUCAUCUCAUGAGACACAGUAUAAAGUACGUUAAAAUGUUUUAAAACUAAAUUAAUAGGGUGAGUUGGUUUCAGUGAUUGAUCUGCUUUUUUCUCCUGUAUAUACUUCUCCUUUUCCUUCCUCAAAUCUUUCCCCUACAAUAUAAAGUUGUUCAAAAAGGUGAUGUUUAAAUAGCAGCCUGUAGUUGGUGACGUUCUUAAGGGCAACCAGUAUUUGUGUAUUUUAAUGAAAUACCUUUCCUGCCACAGAAUACUUAGAUUCUUCACUACUUCUUUAAAAUGACCUUUAUCUAAAGAGGGAUCUUUUUGUUGGUGUGCAGUAUGUAUGUAUGAAUGUAAAUAUUUGAGUCUUGGAUUGGAAGUUGCAAUGUAGUUGCUUUUGUCAGAUCACAGUACCUAAAAUUGCUACCCUUCUCCUGACCCUUGUCCCUAUCAGUAUUCUUAAUUAUCUUUGGCUGACCUUUUCAUAAUGUAUGUCUACAGUUGUAAAAACCAGAAACUUACACUCAGUUUUUCUGUAUUCUCUAUCUGACAAACUGAAGAUCCUAUGAAUGUACUGCCACUUUCUCCAAAAGAAUGAUAGGCGUCUACACUAAGCAGCUCAGAAAUGGAUGGCUUUCUAAAAAUUAGAUAGGAAGCUUAAAUGGCAUUAGGAUACAUACAACAUUUGUCAAACAGAUACUGUCUGAAAAAAUUAUGCUUUAUACUGUAUGCAUGUAUACUUAAAAAGUGUCUUUUCCUUGAAUUCUUUAUCACCCUCUCCCAUGGUUUCAUGCUAGCCUGUGGGUUACUUAUUUUGCACUGAUAGUCCAAAUUCAAUAUUUCAAUUAAAAUGUAUUUCUAAAUAUGUUCUUCAAAGUGUAUAUUAGCACAAAUGAAGUGCUUGAGUGUAUGAUCUGAAAAGAUGAAUCCAUCUUUCGGAUUGCUUCUAGUAGAUAAGACACUUCCUCACCUCACAUACCUAAUUGACUACAGUAGUCAGUCUUGGCAAGAAGGGCCUGGAUACUGGUCAACAAUUUAAAUGUUUCUGUUACUUGAGGAAUAUGAUAAGAUUUAUUCCAGGUUUUUUGCUGAAAUUUAAUGGUGUGGCUUUUCUGGUGGAAUUAUUCCUAGAGAAAAAAAGAGUAAGAUUUGUAGCAUGUUAAAGGAGCAUAGCUAAAACUAUAAUCGCAUCUGAGUAUGAAUGUAUUUACUUCAUACUAGUCUUUUUCUUAAAAGUUUUCAUUCUUGAAAAUGAUGAGGGAUGAAAAUCUGUCUGGAACAGCUUCUACAUGAAACAACAAAACCAACUUUUGUUUUUUCAUGAGGCUAAAACAAAGGAUUUGCACUAUUUGUGACAAAAUACAUUUGCAUCAUAGACUGAUUCCUUGUAUUUUGUCUAAAAGUGCUGAUCCUAAGUUAAUAUGGGGAUAUUGCCUGGACAGAUUCUCUCCUGAUGAAAAUACUGUGUUUUCUCAACAAUUAAAAGCAAGAAAGCACACACUGACUCUUUUCUCAUUCUUUAUUCUUUGAGUUUAUGCAUAGUUGCUUGCUGAUACCUGACCUACAUCACAAUGGAAGAGUAGAGCUUGAUUCUUCAUAUUUUCCUCUCUUUUUCUAUUACAUAAUUGACAUGCACGGUUCCAUCCUUUUAAAGUAAAAGUCUCUCUGAAGCAGUCGUCCAAACAACUUGUACAAAUUAAAAUGGCAAAUUUUCCUGUAUAAUUCUAUACUGAUCUUAAACAUACAGCUAUGCAAAGACUAUUUUUGAGUGUUAAAUGGACAAACUAUAUGAUUAUGUGGAUUGCUCCUAGUAGAUAAGACACUUCCUCACCUCACAUACCUAAUUGACUACAGUAGUCAGUCUUGGCA